CCCCGCCUGGCGCCCCUCGGCAACACCUUCCAGGUCUGGGACGAGCGGCCGCCGGAGCGGAAGCGCAGCCACAGCCACUCCGGGUACACGCCCCACCACCUGAGGAUUCGAGACGCUGCAGGACGCCCCGGAGCCGGGCCGCGCGCGCCGCGCGGCCUCGCCAGGCGCGGCGCCCUGCGCCUCCGAGGCCUCGGAGGGCUCCACCGCCGCGCCCGGGAGCCAGGCCUCGGAGGCCCCGAGCACCGCGGGGGACGGCGCGGCGGAGCCGUGGCCGGACCCCAGGGGAGGGAAAGGUACGAGUGGUCGCCCUGCAGCCGCCGCACGCGCGGCCCCGAGCCCGCCGCUUGUGCCGGGGCAGAGGCCGGAGGGGAGGGCUGGCCUCGCCAUGCCGCGUGCGGAGCGCUGCCGCCGCUGCAGGUCCUCGCCACGACCCCCACGGGCCGCGCCGUGAGCGCGCCCGCGGCGGCGGCCCCGAGCGCGCUGGCCCCGCCGCCGGCCGUGCUGCCGUGGCCGUGGCAG